GUCAAGGCCAAUAACAUGUCGCUCCUUAUCACAGGUUACACCUGUCCACUUACAGCAAUCCGUUCUUGAAUUCCAGAACACAAUGUGGUGUAUCCAGAAGGAGUAGCAUAAUAUGAUGAAAACUAAAGGAAUUGGGCCGACCCAAAGUCUGAGGCCCAAUUCAGCUUCUGACCGAAAGGAUAAGGAGGAAAAGACUCUCUCCCUCGAGAAGCUUCUAUCAGACAGAGGUUUGGUGAGAGAAAAGAUGCUAGGGCUCGAGAGAAAACUCCAAAGCUCUGAUCGGAGGCUUCUCUGCAAUCCUGAAGAGGAGCGAUCUCCCACUACGAUGAAGGAAGAAGAAAAGCGAUGGGAGAAAGAAGAAGAAACACUUCUCAGUGCAGGUUUAAUGGCAGCGCAAAACCCAAAAUGGCGGCUUCGAAUCUCCAUGAAUUCAUCAAUCAUUGUUCAAAUGAAUCGCUUACUCAGAGAAGUUCAUGUACAUCGCAUUAGGAUGACACCAUUUAGGUGGUGUUUGCAUGUACUUAGCCCUUUGGAGGUUAAUUUGGAAUUAUUGAAGGUGAUGGUAUGUCGAUGGACUGGUCAUGAUAAUCAACAACAAAGUUCUUCUACAACAUUAGAUGAUGUCAUUAAACGCAUUGAACAACUCCAGACCUUCAUUGUACAAGAUUUGACGUCCUGGAAUCACGAGUUGGGAACAUUGAGGAGCAACUGCAACACUCACGCACACCCUUAGACAACGAACCUCGUAGUUAGAAUUUGUUGUUUACAUGUAUUUACUUUGAUUAGGAAAUUUUAUGCAUUACUGCCUUGGUACUUCAACAUUGCACUCCUCUUAAUACUCAAAUUCUACUUUUAUGUAACUUUUAUUGAACUCAAAUUCUACUCAAAUUGAACUCUUCUUUAAAUUUGGAACUUUUAUGCAUUAUACUAUUUUUAAUAGUCAAAAUUUGAAUAUGUUAAAUAGUCAGAUAACCGCGUAUUUAACGGACACUUAAACAAUAAAUUCAACUCAAAAUCACUACACUUGUGUGAAAAAACACUGCAAUUGAACCGUGAUCACCCAGGUUACCACAGGUGGUUCCUUCAGCUCAAUUAGUUGUCCAAAACUGAAAAUUAACUCGCGUAAUCGUUUACCAACCUCUAGUAAACGAUUACAAGGUUCUUUUUGGGUGCACUGGUCUAAGAACUUCACCUAAGUGGCUGACCUCAUCAAAAAUGGUCCCCUACACCAUGAUGGGAUCCCCCAAACAUGACCUCCAAGCAGAAAAGCACACCUAAACAACAAAUUCAACUGAAAAGCACUGCACUUAUGUGAAAAAACACUGCAAUUGAACUGUGGUCACCCAGGUUACCACAUAUGGUUCCUUAUGUUCAAUUAGUUGUCCAAAACUGAAAAUUAACUCGCGUAAUCGUUUACCAGCCUCUGUGAUGGAGGACCAUCCAAGCUCAACAUAGGACCUUUAGCAAGAGCCAUGUCUAGAAGAAUCCAAGAGGAAGAGGGAGCACUCACUACCUUACUCUUAUAGAGUAUUACUUACUAAUGCUCUUUCUCUUUACUAAAUACUUUUACAUUGUU